CAGGAGCGUUUAAGCGUUGACGGCGGAAUAGUACAACGGUGCUGGCUGGAGUUUUUGCAGUAUAUAUUCAAGCCGGCCAAUGUUGUGUACAUGUCUUCCGGGCGUGCGGUAGUUAUAUUAUGCUGGUUGGGUUAAAGGUUUCAUCAGUGGGGAUAUACUCACUUUCCAACCCGGCGCACACACACUAAAUUAUCCCGAGGAAAUACAUUCUGACAGGGGUUUGCCGGUGUGUUGUUCCCGGGGAUAAAUCUCCUCUACCCCAAACCGGUGUUAAUUAUCCACCGCUUAACCGGUUGACGUGGUGUAUGUUAUAUGUGUGCGGUGCGGGCGCUGUCAUAUAUAUUGUCUCCUAUAAUCAUAUUUGCACUUGAGCAUUGACUCCGUACAUAUAUCCCGCCGCCGUGCGACGUCGGCUCCAAUCUCGUGCUCCCAAUUCCCGUCAUUCACCAUCCUUCAUUUAGUCAAGUGGAAAAAUAUGGAAACACGAUUCGGAUAUUGAGGACCGAGAGGGAGCACGCGGUGGUCAAAAGCGUUUUGUGUGUGGUUGCAUCGGCCGACAAUUCCACCGUUGGAAUUUGAUAUCGAGCUAUACAACAGGAAGAUGUCGCGUUUUUCACCGGCUAUCCUGUAAGGCUUUUUUUCUACACGAAAAAAAUGCACCUGGAUUAGUGUCAUCCGUGGAUAAUUAUACCAUCCAGUGAACGCUUCCAUCAUCUUCACAACUUCCGUCGGCAUCGGCUCAUUUCCGUUUGACCUUUUCGUGCGCGUUAAUAAUUGCCAGCCGUGGGUUGCACGCGCGGCCCGUUAUUUUCUGUACUUGCAACGCGCCGGGCACUGUCGUUGCGUUCGGGGGGAUAAUACAUCAUGGACGGAUUGGAGAAGUUCAUGACAUCGAGUAUCACCCGUUAUGUGGGAAUUUUUACGGCCUACAUUGUUUAUCUUCUGGUUGGCUCAUCAAUCUUCGAUGCUAUUGAGAUGCCGGCUGUUCAUGAACGGGAGAGACGGUUAGAAGAGGAGAAGAACAAUUUUCUACAGGAUUAUCCAAAUGUUGACAAAGAUGCGCUGAACGCCUACGUUUCCGAAGUAUUUGGCAUUUACGGUCAUAAUAACGUCACCCGGCCGAAUUUUGCAACCUGGCUGUUUUUUUCGUCGACGUUGCUGACAACUAUAGGAUACGGUCAGGUUCCACCGUUAUCAUAUGGAUCCAAAGCCUUUGCAAUUUGUUAUUGUACACUGGGUGUACCCUUCACAUUGGUCCUGCUCAAAGCCAUUACCGAGAAGUUAAUGGAAUGGACCAGCCAUUUUUUGGAAUACUUGAAUACCAAAUUAGGUCAUCUAUACCGUCCAAUACAUAUUCGAACCCUGCAUGCUGCGCUAAUAACGGCAACAUGUGUGCUAUUUGUAUUUUUUCUCCCAGCUGCUGUGUUUUCCAUGAUGGAGCCAGAAUGGUCGUUUUUAGAUUCCUUUUAUUAUAGCUAUAUGUCGGUAACGACAAUCGGUGUGGUUGACGUUCUUCCGGCGUCACGCAUACAGAAUCCCGAAAAGGAAGCAUUUUAUAAAAUCGCCGUUUUGAUUUAUUUAUUCUUUGGACUGUGCUUUACGCUGUUAUGCCUAUCGAUUAUCAACGAAAUUCCGCAAAUCAAUUUCCUCCUACAAUUUCUCCAUCCCAGUCACGGAUCCCGUCAGCAGCAGCAGCGUAAACGUGAAUCGCAGCAACCCACUGAGAAAACCAAUUUAGUCGUCACCAAGACUAUCCAUAAAAACAAAUACGGCGACGGACGUGGCGGCGGCGGUGGACAUGGUUUUGAUGAAAACUCCAAUUUCAGCCGCAAUACAAGCAUCAGCUUCAGCAGUGAGGAUGAAGACAAAUGAAAGAACCCAUUUUCUUCUUCCUUACAAAAAUGUUUUCAGAGUUAAUGGAGCGUAUCGCAGGGCAGUGUGAUACACAUCCAUGCGAAUAAAAACAUAAAAAGCUCUCUAUCAUCAUCGACGUAAUAUACCAACAAUAAAAUUCGAAUGUUAACAAAAAAAGGCAGAAAGAAACCUACCCUCUGUGUCUUUGUGUAAAAGUCGUUAUUUAUAAAAAAUCACUGACAUUUGUAAGGACUGUACAAUCAGAAAAAAUAAAUUUUCUUGUCCGUCGAUUUCGCCGGAGAAGCCUCGGUGUUGCCAUUUAUUUCUGUAGCUUCCGGGUCUACAUUCAUCGUCUCU